CACGUAUAAUUGUGGAGUGUACAGGAACACAUUUAUGUACACUUGAGCGUUGAGUUGACAGUUUUUGUUUUUCAUUAAGUUAAAAUAAGUAUUAAUAUCACCCUGAUUUACCAUAAAUCGAGGAGAUUUAAUUGUAAUCCUGCACUAUGUCUAAAUAUAACGCCAGCAAGUUACGACAAAUGAAACAGGGUGUAGAUAAAAUACAACAUGGUAAGUUGAGAACUAAUAUACCGGCUGGUAUGGCCACACCAGGUCCGCCACUGGGACCAAUGUUGGGAUGUAGAGGCAUUAACAUUACAGCAUUUUGCAAAGAUUUUAACGAGAAGACCAAAGAUAUCAAAGAUGGCAUACCUUUACCAACUAGAGUGUUUGUCAAUCCUGACCGAAGUUAUCAGAUAACAAUGACAAAACCGCCAUCCAUGUAUUACCUCAAACAAGCAGCAGGUAUACAUAAAGGUGCCAUGAACCAUAAAACGGAGACAGCAGGAUUUGUUACAUUAAAGCAUGUAUACGAAAUAGCAGUAAUAAAACAGUCUGAUGAGAACUUAGAGUUUAGAAGCCUGAAGGAAAUAUGUGAUAUGUUAAUUUCCACAGCUCGAUCAUUGGGUAUUAAAGUAGUCAAGGAUUUAAAUGCAGAUGAAUAUCAAAAGUUCUUAGAAGAUAGAAAGAUUGUAUUGGAAGAACGAAAACGAGAGUUCCAAGAAAUGAAAGAAGCUAAAAUGUUAAGAACUGGAUGAAUUAUUAGUUUUAUUAUUAAUGUUAGGAGUAUCAAUACAAUUUAGUUCUAUAAACAAUUUUUUUUUUAUGUUAUA